UUCCCAACUCUCUUUGCGGCCAACCCCCUUCUAAUCCUUCUCCGUUCUAACAUCCCUAAUUUAGCUCAAGACAUUAUGUUCCAUUUCUCCAUCUAGCUCAAAUCAAACUCCAGAUGCAUCAAUUUGGAGGUCCUCAGCUCACUGCCAACUCAUUUCCGUUAGGUAUUAAAGGGCAACCGCCUAUGUCAAAAGGAAAUAGUUUUAGUUUUUCUCCCUCUUUGUAUUUGUAUUUGUUUAUGUUUGUCUUUUGAGAACUUUUAAGAGGAUGAUUGGUGGUUUGUGGGGAAAGUUCGGUGUAACAGUGGAUGCCCACUAAAUUACUUUCAAAUUCUCCAAGUUAAAGUUAACAGACAAAGUCGGAACUACAUGGAAAGUGUCAUUUUGAAAGGCAGGUUCUUCACUUAAUUAAGCCGCCGCGUGGUCUAGUCAAUGUCAAUGCUAAACUAGCCACGAUCCACAGCCCUGUGUGCAAUUGUGCAGUAUUGUGUAGGAAGCUUCGUUUGCAUUUAUAAAAGCACAGGUAAGCUCUGGACUAGCUACAUCUCUACCUUCUCUAAUUUUUGUUUUUUGUAUGUUGAGGCGAGACAGUAAAGAAGAGAGAAUAACAUAACCUUGAUUUAAGGGAGGCUAUUAUUCUUUCUUCUUAGAUUCGUUACAAAACCCGGAUUGAAGUUGAAAUUAGUUCAGUUCUUGAAUUGGGUAGUUGGGCUUUGAAGAGAAAGUGGCGGGAUGGCAGCUGCAUUUAUUGGAGGAGCUUUUCUUGGAGCAGUGUUUGGGGAGCUACUAAGAGUUGUUGUUGAGGCUAAAGAGAAAGCAAAAAAUUUCAAGCCCCAAUUGGAGCAACUAGAAUCUACUUUGCGAAAUAAUGCUGAGGUUAUCGAACAAAUUGAGAAGUACAACAAAAUAUUGGAUCAUCCAAGGAGUGAAACUCAAUUGUUGAUUGAGAAAAUGAAGGAAGGCGAGAAGCUUGUUCUCAAGUGCUUAACAGUGAAGUGGAAUCCCAUUAAAAGGACUCGUUAUGCUGAUAAACUAAUGAAACUGAAUAGCUUAGUGGACAGGUUCUUUCAGGUUGAUAUGCAAGCACAACAGACGAGAGACAACAAAGAAAUUCUGCUGGGUAUGAGAGAACUACAAGGGUCUUUCAUCACAUCUUUUAGUAUUGGAGACAAUAGUGGCAAGUUUAAUCAAGAUAGGAUUAUUAGACCUUGCUCAGUGCCUGAUCUUCCGGAGAUUACCCCUGGAUUAGAUGUGCCAUUGGAGGAGUUAAAGAGGGAAUUGUUAAGGGACGGCAAGCAAGUGAUCAUUGUGUCAGCUCCUGGAGGAACUGGGAAGACUACAUUGAUUAAAAAACUUUGCAAAGAAGAACAAGUUGAAGACAAAUUCAAGGACAACAUUUUCUUUGUCACCGUUUCCAAACCACACGAUGUGAAGGUCAUUGUACAGAAAAUAAUCCAACAUAUGGAUAAAGAUGUACCUGAGUUUAAAACAGAUGAGGAUGCAAUCAAUGACUUGGGACGAUUGCUGAAGGAAAUGGGAUCACAGCCCAUAUUGUUAGUCCUUGAUGAUGUCUGGUCUGAAUCAGCAUCCAUGCUGCACAAGUUCGAGUCCCAGUUGCCCAAUUACAAGAUUUUGGUGACUUCUAGAUCUGUAUUCCCAAAACUUGGUUUUGAAUAUAAUUUAAAACCAUUGAAUGAGGAAGCUGCUGAAACACUUUUCCAUUAUACGACAGGUGGAGACUCUGACUUUCGAGAUAAAAAGCUUGUCUAUAAGAUAUUGGGAAUGUGUAAGGGGUCUCCUCUUGCCCUUACUGUAGUUGGUAGAUCACUCUGCGGGCGGCCUGCAGCAGUCUGGAAAAGUAGAGAGAAGAAAUGGCAGGAUGCAACUAUUUUCCAUUCUAACACUGAUUUGCUUGUUUGUCUCCAAAGCAGCUUGGAUGCUUUAGAUGACAAGCUCAAGGACUGUUACAUGGACCUUGGCUCAUUUCCUGAGGACCAUAGAAUUCCUGUCACUGCCUUGAUCGACAUGUGGGUGGAAUUGUAUAAAGGGGAUGAAGAUGAUCUUUAUGCCAUCCUUAGUGAUCUCUCCAAUGUAAAUCUGUUUGACCUGGUGGUGACAAGUGAUGAGGGCUCCUACCAUGAUCACUUUGUUGUACAGCAUGAUCUUCUCAGAGAGCUAAUUAUCCAUCAAAGCAUGCCGGGACCAGUAGAAAAGAUGAAAAGACUAUUCAUUGAGAUAAGUGGAAACAACUUUCCUGAGUGGUGGUUAGAACAGAAGUCACAACCAGUAAAUGCCCGUCUCUUGUCAAUAACCACAGAUGAUACAUUCUUAUCUAGUUGGUAUGAUAUCGAAGCGCCUGCAGUAGAAGUGGUUGUUCUAAAUGUUCGAACAAAGGAGUACACCAUGCCGAAUUUUAUGGAGAAGAUGGAAAAUUUGAAGGUGUUGGUAGUCACAGGUUGUGGAUUCCUUCCUGUUGAAUUAAGUAACUUUCAGCUUCUCGGUUCUUUGCCUACUCUAAAGAGAACUAGAUUGGAGCGAGUUUCGAUUCCUUUGUUUGAAAUGACAACAAUGCAAAUGAAACAUCUGCAUAAGAUCUCUUUGGUUUUAUGCAAUGUCGGUCAGGUUUUUAGUAAUUCUACCUUCCAAAUUUCAAAUGCAUUUCCAAAUCUGAAGGAGCUGGAUAUUGACUAUUGCAAUGAUCUUGAGUCACUGCCAAAUGACAUAGGUAAUAUUGUCUCCCUAAAAAUUCUUAGCAUCACUAAUUGUCAUAAGCUGUCCCAUCUGCCUGACGGGAUCGGCAAGCUGGUAAACUUAGAGGUGCUAAGGCUUGCUUCGUGUACUGAUCUAGAGGCAUUGCCUGACUCAAUUGAGAACCUUACCAAUUUAAAAUUUCUUGAUAUAUCUGAAUGUCUAAGCAUCACUGAAUUGCCAGUUCAGAUUGGUGAGAUAUACAGAUUGGAGACACUCUACAUGAGAGGCUGCUCUAGUUGUGAUCUGCCUUCAUCGAUAAUGAAUCUUAAGAAUCUUGAGAUUGUGCAAUGCGACGAAAAGACAUCCUAUAAAUGGGAAGAACUUCAGGCCUGUUUCCCGAGUCUGACAAUAGAUGUUCAUAAAGAAGAUGUCAACUUACAUUGGCUUUACAAGUAAUCCUUGUGAGAAAUUUCAUACAAUGCUCGCUCUCCAAUGCAUGUAAUUUGUUAGAAUGGAAGUGAGAUCUUGAUGGGGUAAACUUUCACAUUGACCUAUUCAGUAUUUUUUUUUUUUGUACUUUUUAUAACUGUUCAAGUGAUAAUCUGAAAAUGAAUUUCUAGAUGAAUAAGGGUAAGCUGUAAUUAGGAGUGUUCAUAAUUUGGAUCAAACCAUUCAAAAAUUACAGUUUGAUUUAUUGUUGGCAUUGGAGCAGAGUUCUCUAAUGACAAGAUAUUAAGUUUUGAUUCCAAA